GCCGAAAGCGGAAGCGCGUUCGGUGUCUCGGUGCUCGCUCCAUCGGGUCUGGCUGGGCCGGCAGCGGCGAGGACCCGGGUGCAGCGCCGGGAGCCGUGGGGCGGCAUGGAGGGGCUGGUUGCCGCCGCCGGCGGGGACGUCUCCCUGCACAACUUCAGCGCCAGGCUGUGGGAGCAGCUGGUCCACUUCCACGUCAUGCGGCUGACGGACUCGCUGUUCCUGUGGGUGGGGGCCACGCCGCACCUGCGCAACCUGGCCGUGGCCAUGUGCAGCCGCUACGACUCCAUCCCCGUGUCUACCUCCCUCCUCGGAGACACUUCCGACACGACCUCUACUGGCCUUGCCCAGCGCCUAGGGCUCAGAGGGAAGACUGGCCUGGCCUGUGAGUGUGGCGUAGAGUGGGGAUUCAGCAAAGGUCAUGAGAUUGAAGGCUCCACGCCUCCCACACCCCAACAUAUUUCCUGUGGGCCAGCCAGGAAGACCAACAAACAGGUGUUUGUCAGCUAUAACCUUCAAAACACAGACAGUAACUUCGCAUUACUUGUAGAAAACAGGAUCAAGGAAGAGAUGGAGGCUUUCCCCGAAAAGUUCUAGCUGAGUGGCAGAAGUGAGAAUUUGUUAACUUAUGUACAAUGUACAUGUAAAUAAAUGGAUUGAAUUUCA